UAUUACAUUGCUGGCCUGUGUUCACCUUGUGGUCUGGUAGAUCCCCAAAAUCCUCUUCACGUGUACUGUUGCCAAGCCAGAGAAACAGCAACUGAGAACCUAUUCCAAAACCUCCUGCAAAUUUUGAGGAAAGUUUCAAAUGAAAUCGACGGGGCCUGUCAGGAUGCCACUACACUUCUGCAUCUAGAUUCUUAUUUGCUCCUGCUGUCUGAAUGUUUCAGAUGCCUUCGAAAUGCCUGUGUUCAGUGUGCCAAUAAUCAGAACGUUAUGAGAAAUUUGGGUCUCAUUGAUGAAUCUAUCCAUCUUAUCCAACUGCUUCAGAAAUUGGAUAGUGGUGUGGAGUCAUUGUUGACAGUCUUCCGUUGUAGCCUCCAGUUUCUUGGAAACAUUGCAACAGGAAACAGUGAAUCCCAGAACACGAUUUGGAAACUUGCUUUCCCUACUCUUUUCUUGAAUUGCUUAAAUCAUCAGGAUGAGAAGAUUGUUGCCUACUGCUGUAUGGUUCUUUCAGUAUGCCUUAACCCUCAGAGAAUGAAAGAACUGCAGGAGGAACACAACUUGAAUAUAGUCGUUGCCGUUUUGAAAGCAUACAGAAGGCACUCGGAAUCAGAAUGGAUGUUCUUGAUUAUUACCAACCAAUUGCUGAAGUGCCCAGAGUUGGUCAAAGCCAUGUAUGCCAAACUGAGCAAUCAAGAAAGGACUGUUCUUUUAAAGCUAAUAUUGUCAGAAAUUGAUGGAAAUAAUUUGGUUAUCAGGGAAGAAAUGGCCAAAUUCCUUUCAAGUUGUUUUCAGGAGAAAUGUCAGGCUGUGCUAAACUUGGCUUCUACAAUGGACAAUGACAAUGAGGAAGCACUGGUCACAGUUGGGCUCCUUGAUGUUCUUUGUGAAGUUACAUCAAACACUGGACAACUGGAAUGCUUGCAGGCUUGCCCUGAUUUGCUUGAGGCUGUUGUCACUAUUUUGCGACUUACACAUCUUUCUGGGAAGCAGACAACUAACAUCUUCACAGCAACUCAUUUGGCAAGAGAGCAGGAGCAAAUCUCUCAUCCAGCUAUGGACUUUAAAUCUCAUCUAAUUCGGUUGAUUGGAAAUUUAUGCUAUAAAAACAAGACUAAUCAAGACAAGGUUUAUGAAUUAGAUGGCAUCCCGUUGAUCUUGGAUAAUUGUAGUAUUGAUGGCAAUAAUCCUUUUGUAAGCCAAUGGGCAAUAUACACAAUCCGCAACCUCACUGAACGGAAUGAGAGAAACCAGGAGCUCAUUGCACAGAUGAAGCAGCAAGGACUGGCCGACAAUUCUGUUCUUGAAAGCAUGGGAAUGGAAGUUGAGCAGCAUGGCCAGAAGCUAGUUUUGAAAUCUGCCAGAAAGAUGCCAGAUCAAUAAAUAGUUAAAAUGUCAAAGAUGUUCACCUUCACAUAUGACAUCAAUAUGCUACAGGUAUAAAACUUUCAGCGUCAUCAAAAAUCUGUUUGUUGAAGUAAUGUUAUAUUAUGGUAUCUUAGGGUGUCAUUCAAUGGAAUCCAGGAGAGACUUUCACCAAUGAAACAAAAAGGGAGACAUUUUUUACUGGUUCUCUAUUCUUCACACUUUGUUCAUUUCUCCAUUGAAAUCUGCUCCAGUGGAUUGGGAAAAGUGUGGCAGAUGGUCUCCUCAUUCUGCUGACAGGGUCUUCAGCCAUUGAAAGAGCACUUUAUCAGUGGAGUGGCACUGGUUCAUACAGUCCCAAAACUAAUUAAACCCCUUGACCCUUUCUGGAUUUUAUAAAAGUGGUAAGUGAACUGCGGAUCCUAAAUUCUAGAUCUUUUACUGAUAAAUGUUUUAGAGAUAAUGAAGAGGAGAGGUUCUUGCUUGUGUGGUAAUUCUCCAUGUGAUCCAGCAUCCUAGAAAAAUAUAAAUCUUGCUUGCAUUGAAAGACUCUUUGUGAAUAGGAACCUCUCUUCAGAAAUGUUGCUUUCCACAUAGGGAAAAUGACAAUGAAAUGCAAUUGGUUCAGUGUGAUGAAUGUGAAAGAUGCAGUGAUUAAGAAAACCUUGUUGGUAGCACCUCAACAGGACUUAAUGUGUUUUCCUAAUGCUACAACAAAAGAUGCACAUGUGGCCCCACUUCCUUCGAAGCUUCCUCCAGGUCUUAUGUGUCUGACCCAUAUGCAAAAAGUUUUCCCUUGUAUAAAUACCUAUCAUUCCCUCCCAUCCCACUUUUGGAAGGGGAAAACUUUGGAAGCAGAGAUAAAGCAUGAGUCAGGAAUGAUGUUUGGUGAUAAUAUCCCUCUUCUAAAGGAUAGCUGAAAUGUGCCCUAAUGUGUCUUAACCAUUAGAAAUCCUGCUCGUGUUGCUUAUUGCACAUUAAAUGACACACUCAAACUCUGUAUGUAUAUGUAUUGUUAAUACAUUAAAUAGCAACCUAUACAUAUUCUGUCUCAUAUUCUUUUUCUAUAAUUUAUUUUUAAAAAAACAAAUUAAAUACCAGCACUGGCAUUAUAGUGUUAUAUCGCUCUGUCCCGUCUCUCUUUCUGAAGAACAUGGUGUUCGCUUGAAUUUUUUUCAUUCUCUUAGUAAAUCAUCUUAUGUUUCUUUUCUUUUACUUAUUUAUUUAUUUAUUUUUCUUCUCGUGGCUUUCUCUAAACUCUUGAAAACUUAAGAGGUCGUUUCUCACUGUGAUUAAUUCUAGCCAUUUCUUUUCAUUCUCUGCCUUUCCAAAACAUUGACAGAACUCAUUUCCAAUUAAUUAAUUCAAGAGAGACAGAAGAAUGGAAGGAUCUGCCUCACUAUUUUGGAUACUAUUCUGUAUUGUUGUUGAACUCUGCCACUCUGGAAUGUGGCAUGAAUUGGAUGGGUGGGAGAGAGACAGUGGUCAGUUAACUCCCUGUGCCCCAGAUUGUCUGUCUUGGGAUCAAAAACAAAAACCACAACAGAUUUAUUCCUGAUUUCAUUAUAUGCACACUUCAGUUGUCAAACCUAAGAACUUCUAAAACCAAAUCUUAUUUAAAAUGAGAUUAUUCAAUGCUACUACAGUUUCUUUGUGUUUGGCCUUAUGGAGGAAUAAACAUCUAGCCAGGCACAAUUACAGUGACAGACAUAUUUCAGCAAAACCAUAUCAAAAGUAAAUAUUAUCUAUCCCUCAUCUAUCUGUCACUCAUCAUCUAUCACUGUUCAGCGUUUUGAUAGAUCAGUGAGGAGCUGGCUCAGUAUUAGGUCAGCUAUGAACCCUCUGAGGGCAGGAAAAAAAUGCAAAGAAGCUUUGCAUACAGCGUUAAAAUUGUGUGCACUACGUUUAAUGUACUAUGAGCUUGCCUUUUUUCCCAUUGUAUCAGUACUUUCAAGUAAGGUUGGUUACUAGUGAAAUAUAACCAUACCCAUCAGAGAACAAUGAGCAGCAACAAAUACAUGUAAAUAAGUUCUGGUUUUGGUGCAUUUUCCCAUCUGUUGUAAAUACAUAAUAGAUCUUUAUUUUGUCAUUUGAAUUCCAAAGGGGAAUUUGCAAGUUUCACAGGAGAAAACGUACUGGUGACUCUAUUGAGAGUGGCUGGCUUUCAGUUUGGUAGAAUGGAUUAAUGAUUUAAGCAAAACAGUUCCCCUGUCCUCCAGUGAAGUCUUCUAUGGGGUGUGUUUUGCAUGCUAGAGGGCAUUAACUGGUGAUUAAAAUGUGUUUGAAAGGGGUAAAAAAAGUUGUUGGAUCAAAUCUUGUGGUAAUCUUACUGGUUUUAAGAGUUUAUAAAUAAAAUAAAUCAAUUUUCUUUUUUCCAUUCUUUAAAAAAAGGUUGAUCAGGAUUUUAAUGAUAAUGGGUGACUGUGUGUGUGUGUGUGCACGCACAUAUGUUUUAAUUUGUGACAGGAAGGUAUGAAUAAACUCUGUAAAUGAAUUGCAUGCUGUGCCUUUUAGUAGCUUUUGAAUCAUGGGGUCCAAGAGAUAUCUUCUCUCUAGCUCACUUGUGAUGUCUCUUUUAUUACAUUUUAUUACAUACAUCAAUCCAUAGUACAUUAGCAUUCCUAAAGCAAAAAUGGCCAAAACAUAUAUUUUUGAUAUGUACAGUAUGUCCUGCCCCAAUAUUUCUUAAUAUAUCCAAAUGAUUGUUUGUUUGUCAGAAUGAAUUCCGCUUUCAUUUCAGUUGUUCUGCAU